UCACGAGAGGAUUAUCUGCAAAAGAGAGCAGUGUUUCGCGACAAUGUCUCUCCUCGUUUUGAUUCUGAUCACCUCCUUAUUAUCUGCUCUGGUCUACUUUGUGUUUUUCUCUAAUGGUUCGCGAACUAGGGAAAUGAAUCUCCCAAGAGGGUCUAUGGGAUAUCCGGUGAUCGGGGAGACCUUGAGCUUCCUCAAGGCACAAGCGAAAGACGAAGGACCCAGCUGGUUCGAGGAGAGGAUCGCCGAACACGGACCCGUGUUCAAGACCUCCCUGAUGGGCUCCCCAACAGUAGUCAUCAUGGGUCAGGCAGGUAACAAGUUCAUCUUCACGGCCAGGGAAGAUGUUCUUGUCCCCCAGCAACCGCUGACCCUCCGCACCAUAGCCGGGAAGCAAAAUAUCUCCGAACUCUCUGGCUCUAGGUACAGGCUGGUAAAGGGAGCAAUGAUGAACUUCCUGAAGCCAGAAAGCCUACAACACUCCGUCAAGAGGAUGGAUGAGAUAAUAAAGAACCUCUUCGUUAGAGAAGUUGCCAAGGCCGGAGAAGGAGGAGAUACAAUCGUUAAGGCCGUCGUGUUCAUGAAAAAGCUGACCUUUAACGUGGCCUGCGACAUCCUGUUUGGCAUCAAAGAUGAAUCCACCGAGCAAGCCCUCUUCGACGAUUUCACCAUGGCUUUCAAGGCCGUGUGGUCUCUCCCAAUCAACCUCCCAGGUACCGAGUUCUGGAGGGGCAUAAAGGCCCGGUCUAGGAUCGUUGAUCGUAUCUUGCCUAUCAUGAGGGAGAGGAGGAAGCAGCUUGAGAGGGGAACCCUGAGGCCGGGGGCUGAUGUGGUGAGUUGCUUGCUGGCCACGAGAGACGAGAAUGGGGAAGGUUUUGAAGAAGAGGCUAUUACCGACAAUUUCAUCAUUUUGAUGAUCGCGAGUCAUGAUACUUCCGCAAUCCUCGCGAGCUUGAUGAUAUGGAAGCUGUCCAAAGAUCCUAACAUCUAUGACGAAGUCUUGCAGGAACAAAUGGAAGUUAAGAGGAGGAAACAGAGCAGAGGAGGCGAUGGGCGGCUGACAUGGGAAGACAUACAGAGCAUGAAGUUCACAUGGAGAGUGGCUCAAGAGCUGAUGAGGAUCAUCCCUCCGGUGUUCGGUAACUUCAAGAAAGCCCUCCAGGACCUCUCCUUCGGCGGUUACGACAUCCCGAAAGGAUGGCAGGUCUUCUGGGCGGCCUAUGGGACUCAAAUGAAUGGGGAUAUAUUCGAGAACCCUGAUGAGUUCAACCCCUUCCGUUUCGAUAAUCCGUCCAAGGCCAAGGCUAUACCUCCAUUUACUUACGUCCCGUUUGGGGCAGGAGUGCGUAUGUGUCCGGGGAAUGAGUUUGCAAGGGUGGAGACACUCGUUAUCAUGCAUAACCUCGUUACAAUGUAUGAAUGGUCUCAAGUGAAUCCUGAAGAGGCGAUUACACGCCAGCCCAUGCCUUAUCCCUCCAUGGGCCUCCCUAUACGGCUGAAGCCUAUCAAUACUAAUUAGUAGUACUCUCACAGAAAGGGGUUUUGCUGUUGUGGCAUCGUUGUCGAUUUGGAUGAAAGAGAUGCAGAGUUGGUUCUCAUUGGUGAGACUUCCCAUGUUCCUAUUAUUCCCUCUCCGAUCUAUGUUUUUCUAAAUUCGUAGCCCUCGUUUUUGAAAAAAUAAUGAUACUUAUAAUCCGUAAACAGUUUAAUGGUAUAUUGUACAUGUG